CCCAGCAGUGCCACCCACCAGUUUCGCCCACCUGUCCCCAGCAGUGUACCCACCUGUGCCCAGCAGUGCCACCUACCUGUGCCCAGAAGUGCCACCUAUCUGUGCCCAGCAGUGCCACCCACCUGUGCCGACCCACCUGUGCCCACCAGUGCCACCCACCAGUGCCACCCACCAGUGCCCAUCAAUGCAGUGCUGCCAGUCAGUGCCACCAGUCAGUGCCCAGCGGUUGUGCCAUGCCCAGCAGUGAUGCCAAUCAGUGCUACCUAUCAGUGCUGUCUAUCAGUACCCAUCAUCAGUGCUGCCUCUCAGUGCUGCCUCUCAGUGCCGCCUAUCCGU